UCGAAGCAUUGGUUAUCCGGGGAUAUCGUACUGCUGUGUCUAUAUAUUUCUCUGCUCUCUUUCUGCGGAUUGACACAAUACAGUUAGAAAAUAAAUAAAUAAUAAUAAAGAAAAACCUAAAACAUUAAAGCCGAAAGAUGGCGGAGCUGGGAGCGGGGAGCCUGCAUGGGGGGGAUCUCGCUUUCAAUUACCAGGAGCGAGAGCUUAACGAGCGAUUGAAGCGGCUGUACCCGGCCGUGAACGAGGAAGAGACCCCUUUACCGCGGUCCUGGAGCCCCAAGGAUAAGUACAGCUACAUCGGGCUGUCACAGAACAACCUGCGGGUGCAUUACAAAGGUCAUGGGAAGAAUCACAAGGAUGCCGCUUCAGUCCGGGCAACUCACCCCAUCCCGGCCGCCUGUGGGAUCUACUACUUCGAGGUGAAGAUUGUCAGCAAGGGCAGAGACGGGUACAUGGGAAUAGGGCUGUCAGCGCAAGGAGUCAACAUGAACAGACUGCCUGGCUGGGAUAAACAUUCCUAUGGUUACCAUGGUGACGAUGGGCACUCCUUCUGCUCUUCAGGGACUGGCCAGCCGUACGGUCCCACCUUCACUACAGGCGACGUGAUUGGCUGCUGCGUCAACCUCAUUAACAAUACCUGUUUCUACACCAAGAACGGGCACAGUCUAGGUAUAGCAUUCACAGACCUUCCUCCGAACCUGUACCCCACUGUGGGGCUCCAGACGCCAGGGGAGAUCGUGGACGCAAACUUCGGCCAGCAACCCUUCGUGUUCGACAUCGAGGACUACAUGAGCGAGUGGAGGGCCAAGAUCCAGGGCAUCAUCGAGCGCUUCCCCAUCGCAGAGCGGCUCGGGGAGUGGCAGUCCGUGCUGCAGAAUAUGGUAUCUUCCUACCUGGUGCACCAUGGGUACUGUGCAACAGCCACUUCCUUCGCCAGAGCCACUGAGACCACGAUUCAAGAGGAACAUACUUCAAUAAAAAAUAGACAAAGAAUACAGAAGUUAGUGUUAGCAGGCCGAGUUGGAGAAGCCAUUGAAGCAACGCAACAGCUAUAUCCAGGACUCUUGGAACACAACCCCAAUCUACUGUUCAUGUUAAAAUGUCGUCAGUUUGUGGAGAUGGUGAAUGGCACGGACAGCGAGGUUCGCUGCUUCACCACUCGCUCCCCCAAAUCCCAGGAGAGCUACCCCGGGUCCCCCAGCAUGAGCCCCCGGCACGGAGCCAGCAACCCCCACCUGCAUGGCACAGGAACGGACAGCCCCACCUGCAGCAAUGGAGUGUCGUCGGGGAAAAACAAACAGUCCCACAAUAAAUACCCUGGCCUGAGCUCCUCCUCCUCUUCCUCCUCCUCCUCCUCCUCCCCUUCCUCCGCCAACUACUCAGAGUCCAACUCCACAGACUCCACCAAGUCCCAGCAGCACAGCAGCACCAGCAACCAGGAGACCAGUGACAGUGAGAUGGAGAUUGAAGCAGAGCACUACAGCAAUGGAGUCCUGGAGAACUCCUCUACCAGGAUAAUGAACGGCACCUACAAGCACGAAGAGAUUCUGCAGGCAGACGAUUCCAGCCUAGGCAAUGGACUUGCAGAGGAGGGCUGCACCCCCAGGCUGCUGUGCGGAGGGAACCAGGCCGCCACAGAGAGGAUGAUCCAGUUUGGCCGAGAGCUGCAGGGCCUGAACGAGCAGCUGUGCAGAGAGUACGGCAAGAACGCAGCGCACAAACAGAUGCUGCAGGAUGCGUUCAGCUUGUUAGCCUACUCCGAUCCCUGGAACUGCCCAGUGGGACAGCAGCUUGACCCCGUGCAGAGGGAAUCGGUCUGUGCCACACUCAAUAGUGCUAUUCUAGAGUCUCAGAACCUGCCGAAGCAACCCCCCCUGAUGCUCGCCCUGGGUCAGGCCACAGAGUGCCUGCAGCUGAUGGCCCGUGUCCGCUCGGGAUCCUGCUCCUUCGCCAGAGUCGACAGCUUUUUGCACUAGCCAAGGCAGAGGCAAUGAAGAGGACUUGCAAGUGCUGACCGUGGAGGUGGAGGAGAGCAUGAGUUUGCUUUUGUGUGCUGUAUUCCCAUUGGUUGGGACUUUUGGAAGAGACAGAGAGUGGAGGGGGGGGAGAGAAAAAGACAAACAAGACUAGGCUUCUUUUUUAAAUUUAGUAUUAUCAAAUACAAAAACGUGUGACACUAUUUAAAGAUAAUUCAUUAUUAUUCUGUUUAUCUAAUCAUUUUCAGUUUUUAUUUUGUGUCUUUUUGUUGUGCUCAUCUUGGACAUUUUGGUUCCAGUACAGCCCUGGUUAACAUUUUAACUUCUGAAUACAUUAUAUACACACAAACACACAAACACGUUAUUCCUUCGAAUUUAAGACGUAGCCCAAAUUUCCCAUCCUUAAUUUGAGGAAAAUAUAAAACAUCAAAAAUCUGCAUUUACAAAAAUACAACCUCAAUUACAGAUAUAAGAAAACGCCAUAUGUUGGCAGUUUGCGGGUGGCUGCUGUCACACAGAGCAUUACAGUUAUGUGCUGCUUUCAUUUCCAGUCGUGAUUACUCACACCUCUUAAUUUGUGAACUGUGGUAUUGCUUGGCAUGUCGAGAAAUACAGGUUUCUGAUCAGCAUUUCCGAUUCAAGACGCAGGCAGUUUUUGAGCAGGAGAAAACAUAAAUUGUUUAAAAAGUGCAUGUUAAAUUUGAAGGAAUACCGUUUCUAUAUAUCUAUAAUCUAAACAUACAUUGUAUUGCAACCCAAGCACAUACUUUUGUUGCUCAGAACUCAGGUAUAUAAUACACAACUUUAGCGUAGAAUGUGGGAAAAAGAAAUAUUUUGUUUUAUCAGCAAUGAUUUCUAGACUCCAUGCUUUAGUAUGAUUUUAAUUUUGUUAUGUUUUCUAACCUUUAGAUUGUGGGGAAAACUCGCAAAAGUGCUGUGUUUUUGGUUUCUUCGAAUUGUGUUCACUGAUUAAAAGACCAGCUUGUGUGAAACGUGCAUGCCACAAGCCUGCUUGCUGGGUCAUCUGUGCAGUGGGGGAGAAGAAGAUAAACCGCAGAGGUUUCUGAUUAAGCCCCCUGCCCAACUUAGAUCUUAUUUGAACUUGUUAAAAGAUGUGAAAUCACUUUCGAUAAGGCUUAGCAUUCAGUGCUGCUCAUGACAGUAGCGUGCACGCUGUAGGUAUUUCAGCACCAUCUGCAGAACAUUACGUGGUGAAUCUUUUGCAAAUCAAGAAACGAGUGAUUUUAUUGUCAGUCUGAUAAUUACACACCAACAAUAGAUGCUUAUGAAGGCUGUGGUUAUUAUUUUUAUUUUUUACUGUGCCAUCUCAUAGAGGUGGGCUGUAAAUACCCAUUACAUUGUGUGAAAACAUAGAACCCAGGUCCUGGUCAAUCAUGUACAACCCCCAACCCCUGCUGCAUAAUAGGCACAGGGCCUGUGGAUAUGCAAGUGCUUUCUGCAACCUCAUACUUUCCUUCACUGGCCCUCUGGAGAUGCAAGCACUCAUUGCCACCUCAAACCUCCCUCUUUUGGGUAGCAGCCUAUCUGUCGGAAGGACUGUCUUGUGUAAACAGUCUCACUUCCUCUCCCCUCUUCCCCAAUGAAAAUGUCCCUUUUGGAAAGGAGCGUGCAAACUCAGAGGACAGCCCUAUCUUAGCGUGCCUGCCUCCCACCAAUGCAAGCACGAGGGUAGGGCUCCCAUCGGAAAAGAACGUGCUUGCACUGUGUAAAUAUCGUCAGACAGUAAUGUUUCUAUCUAAUUCUGUCAUUUCGACCUAGCCCCUAUGGGACCGGUGUCUGCAAGUGAGCUUUCUAAUCCUCCCCCGCCCCCUCCAUUGCAUAAUUACAACCCAUUGCAAUGUUUUUUCCAUAGCUGAAAGCAUUCGAAAACAUCCACUUACCGUAGCACACUUCCUCUUGUGUAGAAUAUAUCUGAAAGUAUUGUGAACGCGGUCAGUGCAUGUUAAUGCAUUAGUUACAUGUUCAUGAUGUUUCUCACCAGAACGGUCUGGAAUGUGAUGAAUGAACUGGACCCCCCCCCCCCCCCCCCCCCCCCCCCCUUCCCCCCCC